CAGCAUGAGAAAGGAGUCUUAGAAACUGCUGCUGCUGCUCUAGACUCUCACCAAAUUGGUAAGACUGCCUGGAGUUACGUUGGAAUACUGAAAAUCGCUGCACCUUAACAAAACAGAGCGAUAAAACUGCUCGUCAGCCUGUUUUGAUGCUGGUCUGGGCUUUGAACACUAGAAGACACUACAAGGAAGGAUAUAGAGCCAUCAUCGGGUGACCAUCGCUUGACGUGAGCAGGAUCCAGAGAUUGGUUCACGUUUAUGACAAACACAUAGCGUGGGAAUGGAAUGAAAUCAAACCGUACGGCCAUACGCCCAGACCUGCUGCAUUGAAGAGCCUAUAUGCUGCCUCUCUUCCUCCCAUUCCCAAAUGAUCAUCUGCACUAAGCCGGAGACGAGGAGCGAGAUACCUGAGGAGUGACGCCAUUUUGUAACUACUGAAGAGACUCCGGACAGCUGAAAACCAGAAGGCGUCUGUGGAGAAUGAGAUUACUCAGCCGAGAGAAAGCAGCGCCAAGCCUUGCCGCCUCUGCCAGAACUUUGUAACUGUCCUGUUGCGGUGCCCAGCCAUAUCCACUCAACACAUACAGACAUCAAGCAACCAAUCAGCACGUGUGCACACACAGAGUCGUCUGAUUGUGACCUCAGUUGCAAGGGGAUGACAGAGCGCACUCACAGCAUCAACCUUCACAACUUCAGCAAUUCCGUGCUCGAGACGCUAAACGAGCAGCGCAACCGUGGCCACUUCUGUGACGUGACGGUGCGAAUCCACGGGAGCAUGCUGCGGGCACACCGCUGCGUGCUGGCCGCUGGCAGCCCAUUCUUCCAGGACAAGCUGCUGCUCGGCUACAGCGACAUCGAGAUCCCGUCGGUGGUGUCGGUCCACGCAGUCCAGAAGCUCAUUGACUUUAUGUACAGUGGAGUGCUGCGCGUCUCCCCGUCGGAGGCCCUCCAAAUCCUUACAGCUGCCAGCAUCCUGCAGAUAAAAACCGUCAUAGACGAAUGCACGCGAAUUGUCUCACAAAACGUGAGUGGGGUUUAUCCUCCGGACUCUGGCCAAGAGACGCCCAGGGGGACUCCGGAAUCUGGCACCUCUGGGCAAAGCAGUGACACGGAAUCUGGCUAUCUGCAGAGCCAUCGUCAGCACAGUGUGGACAGGAUCUACUCUGCCUUAUACACGUGUUCCAUGCAAAAUGGCAGCGGGGAACGCUCGUUUUACAGCGGAGCCCUGGUCAGCCAUCAUGAAACUGCCUUGGGCCUGCCUAGACAACAUCACAUGGAAGAGCCUAGUUGGAUCACGCGGAUCCACCAGCGCUCUCAGAGGAUGGAGCGGUAUCUCACCACCACUCCAGAAACCACCCACUGCCGCAAGCAGCCGCGCCCCGUCCGAAUUCAGACGUUGAUGGGAGACAUACACAUCAAGCAGGAGGUGGACGAUGAUUACGACUACUACGGUCAGCAAAGGCCGCAGGGCCUCGAACGCAAUGAGUCCGAAGAGUGCACUGAAGACACCGAUCAAGCUGAAGGCACAGAGAGUGAGCCAAAGGGGGAAAGCUUUGACUCCGGAGUGAGCUCGUCCAUCGGCACGGAGCCCGACACGGCGGAGCAGCAGUAUAUGCCUAACCUUGUACAUGAGGGUCAACAGGAUCCCUCUCAGCCAGAGUCCACCGAAUGCGUAGAGAACCAGAACCUACAGCACUUAGAAACCAGCUCCUCUUCUCCGGAGAGGAGCAACGCCAUCAAAAUGGACAGCACAGUCAUCAGUGUUAGCAAUAGCACCGAGAAAGGGGUCCUUCAGACUUCUGUCACCCAGUCCAUAGCGCAAGCAUUGCCAACCACUCAGCUGUACUUACGCCAGACAGAAACCCUCACCAGCAACCUGAGGAUGCCGCUGACUUUGACUAGCAACACCCAGGUCAUCGGCACGGCGGGCAAUACCUACCUUCCGGCCAUAUUCACCACCCAGGCGGCUGGCUCUGGACCCAAGCCUUUCCUUUUCAGCCUGCCUCAACCCCUGCCUGGUCAGCAGGCCCAGUUUGUGCCCGUUUCCCAAGGAGGGAUGGCAUCGUACCCUCCUCAAAUCCAAAAUCAACAAUCCCAAGGAGGGCAUAGCACAGGCAGCCUGCAGGGAGAGAAAAAGCCUUACGAGUGCACUCUCUGCAAUAAAACAUUCACCGCCAAACAAAACUAUGUGAAGCACAUGUUUGUACAUACAG